CAAAAGGAUGUGGGCUGUGGUUUGGGACGGAUGUUGUGGAGCUUGAUGCAGCCGCUGACUUAAAGGCACGGUGUUUGUUACCUUGAAGAGGAAAGUCCCAAACAACUCAACAGUCAUCAUGGUCCGUGAAGUGGAGAACCUGGCUGAGUUCAAGGCCAUCCUGAAGGAAGCCGGAGACAAGCUGGUGGUUGUGGACUUCACAGCCUCUUGGUGUGGCCCCUGUCAUAGGAUUGGCCCAGUAUUUGUAGAACAGUCGUCAAAGCCUGAGAACAAGAAUGUGAUUUUCCUGAAGGUGGACGUAGAUGAGGCUUCGGAUGUGAGUUCAUCCUGCCAAAUACGUUCCAUGCCCACUUUCCACUUCUACAAGAAUGGAGUGAAGGUUUUCGAGUUCUCUGGUGCUGACGAGCCAACACUGGUGAAAAAACUGGAAGAGUUGAGAACAUAAAAACCACAGUAGCCACCGCUGCCCUCUGUACACACUGUAUGUACAGUAACUAUCCGGUCUUCUGUUCCACACAGGAAAUAAUAAUUCAUUCCACUCAUGUAAUUGGUGACAUACUAUAGUCCUGUCAGUUUAGUCUAUGUAUUGACUGUCUUAACAACAGAUUGAAAUGUAAUUAAAACCUGAUGACUACUUUUUAAUUCUGAUUGAUAUAAGAAAUUGGCUUUGAUCUAAACUAACUUUGUUUGUUACAUUAUGUGUACAACAUUGUGGAUUUAAUAAAUGAAGAUAAAAUACA